CAAGUGUCAGCUGCAAAGAGUGUCAGAAGUCCCAAGUCAGCGGCGGGGGAAAGAUCGCCUUCGGGAAGUUUUCGCUCAGAGCUCCUGGCGGCGGAACCCACACGGGCGGACAAAUCGGAAAUCUCUGCCUAGGGAUUUAGCGGACGUUCAGAAGACAUCCAUAACCACAGACAAACCCCCAGGAUGCUGCUGACGACACUGGUGGCGGUGCUGGCCUUCCGCCUCUUCUACCGCUUCUGGUCAGGUCGAUGCUCCUCCAAGAGGUCGUUGGCGGGGAAGACGGUCGUUGUCACCGGCGGCUCUGCAGGCAUCGGCAAAGAGGCUGCCAAGGACUUCCUGCGGCGAAGGGCGAAAGUCAUUCUGGCCUGCAGAAACCUGGAGAAGGCGAGGAAGGUGGCGGAGGAACUUGUGGUGGAGACCGGCAACCCGGAGGUGUCGGUGCGGCUUCUCGACACGGCAGAUCUGGCCUCCGUCCGCGCUUUCGCCGAGGAGUUUCUGAGGACCGAGGAUUCUCUUCACGUCCUGGUGAACAACGCAGGGAUAGCGGGAAGCAGGACGCGGCAGGAGACGAAAGACGGACUCGAGCUGACGAUGGCCACCAACCACUUCGGGCAUUUCCUCCUGACGAAUCUCCUUCUCAAGCGCCUCCAGGAGAGCGCCCCCAGCCGCGUGGUCACCGUCUCCUCCGCGGCGCACAUGAUAGUGAGGAGCCUGAACCCGAGGGACCUGAACCUGACCUCCUCCUACGGCUCCAUGGAGGCUUACGGACUCAGCAAACUCUGCAAUAUCUUGUUCGCGGCGGAGCUGGCCGAGAGGCUGAAGGGAACGGGCGUGACCAGCAACAGCCUCCAUCCCGGCGCCGUGGCAACCGAGUUUUUCGUCAAGGAUGACCCAAACCGCGGCUGGGUCAUGACCUUAGCUGGCCGCAUCAUCAACUUCUUCGUCACUUUGGCCGGGAAGGACAGCGAACUGGGCGCCCAGACGACCAUCCACCUCGCCGUCUCUGAGGAGCUGGACAGCGUCUCGGGGAAAUACUUUGAGGAUUGCAAGGAAGCCACGCCCACCAGGAUCGCCCGUGAUCGCGCAAUCGCCAAGUCCGUGUGGGAGGUGAGCGAGGCAAUGGUCAACCUGCGCCCUUCGGAAGUCAACUACUGAAGUCAAG